AUGUCCAGAGCUGGAACCAAGGUCACCUUCUAUGAAGACAAGAACUUCCUCGGCCGCUACUACGAGUGUGACAGCGACUGCCCCGACUUCCACACCUACCUGAGCCGCUGCAACUCGAUCCGUGUGGAUGGAGGCACCUGGGUGGCCUACGAGAGGCCCAACUACGCGGGGAACAUGUACGUGCUGACACACGGCGAGUACCCCGACUACCACCACUGGAUGGGCCUCAACGACCGCCUGGGCUCCUGCAAGUACAUCCAGAUCCCGAGUGGAGGCCGGGGCCACAUCCAGGUGUUCGAGAAGGGCGAUUUCGGGGGGCAGAUGUUCGAAGCCACCGAAGACUGCCCCUCUGUCAUGGAGGAGUGGCACAUGCGUGAGGUGCACGCCUGCAGGGUGCUGGAGGGCGUCUGGGUUUUCUACGAGCACCCCAACUACCGGGGCCGGCAGUACCUGCUGCCCAAGGGGGAGUACCGCAAGCCCGUGGAGUGGGGAGCGGCCAGUCCCGCCGUCCAGUCCUUCCGCAGCAUCACCGAGUGAGCCGAGCCCGUGGGCUGGGCUGCCACAACCCCCCAAUAAACAACUGAGUCGCUCA